CUGUGCCUUUAAGCCCGGCCGGACGCCUGGCGCACGGCGCCUGCGCGAAGGGGCCGUGACCUCGCUGCCUGUCGGCGCCGCCGGUGACUCGCGGGGCGCCCCCAGCCCCCUCUUUCCCCCCGCCCCGGCGGCAGCGCCAGGCUCCGGCCCUGCUGCCGGGACAGCGGCGGCGCGGGCGUUGCUGUAGCGACACCCCCCAACCCCCCCCCCCCCCCGCCGGGGCGAUGGAGGGGACGGCGGAGAGGGGCGGCGGGCCCGUCGCGGAGGGCCCGGCGGGGGUGAUCACGGAGAUCCGGGCGCCAGGCCCGCGGCCGCUGCGGCUGCUGGAGUGGAAGGUGUCGGUGGGGACGGCGGUGCAGAUCGGGUCGGUGCUGGCGCUGUGCGCCCCGCUGCCACCCGCCCCGCGCCCCCCCGCCAGUCCCGGCUCCGCCGCUGCCGCCGCUCCGCCGCCUCCCGCCGCCAGCGGCGCCAGCACCCGGCCGGCUCAGCAGCGGGCCGGCCCCGAGCGCAAGCUGAAGGCGGAGCGGCCCGGCGUGGUGCGGGAGCUGUGUGCGCGGCCCGGACAGGUCAUCGCGCCCGGGGGUGUCUUGGUGAGACUGGAAGGAUGCAGCCAUCCUGUUGUUAUGAAAGGCUUGUGUGCAGAAUGUGGCCAGGACUUGACUCAGAUACGAAGCAAGAAUGGAAAGCAGAAUGUGCCACUAUCCACAGCAACUGUGUCUAUGGUUCACAGUGUCCCAGAACUGAAAGUCAGCUCUGAGCAAGCUGAGCAGCUAGGAAGAGAAGAUCAACAGCGACUACAUCGAAAUCGAAAGCUGGUGCUCAUGGUAGAUUUGGACCAGACGUUAAUCCAUACUACAGAACAGCACUGCCAACAAAUGUCUAAUAAGGGAAUAUUUCACUUCCAGUUAGGUCGAGGUGAGCCUAUGUUGCAUACUCGUUUGCGUCCUCAUUGUAAGGAAUUCCUGGAAAAAAUUGCCAAGCUGUAUGAAUUACAUGUGUUUACUUUUGGCAGCAGACUAUAUGCACAUACAAUUGCAGGAUUUUUGGACCCUGAGAAGAAGCUUUUUUCCCAUCGGAUAUUGUCAAGGGAUGAAUGUAUCGAUCCAUUUUCUAAAACUGGGAAUCUUAGAGAUCUCUUCCCAUGUGGGGACUCCAUGGUUUGCAUCAUUGAUGAUAGAGAAGAUGUUUGGAAGUUUGCACCCAAUUUGAUAACUGUGAAGAAAUAUGUAUACUUUCAGGGGAUAGGAGAUAUAAAUGCACCUCCUGGGUCAAGGGAAAUUCAAAUGAAGAAGAAAGUAAACCACUCUGCAAAACCAGAGGCACUGGAUUCAGCAGUGACAUCAGCAAAAGAUGCUGAAGAAAUAAAGAAUGUUACAUGUGUAGAAGAACAAAGCAAUGGUCUCAAAGCUACAAAGGACACCUGCACUGCAAAUGGAAGUACUUCCGUAAGCAGUGAAACAUCUGACUGGGAUAUGAACUCUUGUGAUAAAGUUAAUGUCCAGGACUCCUUAAAUGAUAGCGCUGAUCACAAAAUGGACAGUGAGGUCACUAAUGAUUUGACAAAUACAAAAGAACCUCACAUUUUUUCAGAACAAGUUGAUAGAAUAGUGACAGAGAAGCAGCAAACCCAAGACAAGACAACAAAUGACUUGGACUUUGAACUGUCUAGUGACAGUGAAAGUGACGGUGGGUUGGAUAACAGAAAGUCAUCCACUUCUGUAUCAGAUAGUGAGAACGAGGAAAAGAGAAGCUGGAAGGAAUCCAAACAACCUUUGCAGGAUGAAAAUUUGCCAAAAGGGAGUUGCACUGAUGUGAGUGAGAAGAAGGAUGGUCUGGUGAACCAUUCUGGGGACACGCAAUCUCUACCUAAUGAAAAUGUUCAUGACAAAACUGAUCUUGAAGCACAAGAAGAAAGUGAACAGGAAAGCCUUUGUGAUUUAGGAAAUGGGUGUGCAGACAAGAAAGAAGCUGAAACAGAGUCUCAGAAUAGUGAACAGUCUGGAAUUACAAUGGGAGAGUCUUUAGACCAGAGUAUGGAGGAAGAAGAGGAAGAGGAUGAUACAGAUGAUGAUGACCAUUUAAUAUACCUCGAAGAGAUCCUUGUGAGGGUUCAUACUGAUUAUUACACAAAGUAUGAUAAGUACCUGAAAAAAGAAAUUGAGGAAAUUCCAGACAUCAGAAAAAUAGUACCAGAACUGAAAAGUAAAGUGUUGGCAGAUGUAACCAUAAUAUUUAGCGGACUCUACCCAACAAACUUCCCCAUUGAGAAAACACGGGAACACUAUCAUGCUACAGCACUUGGAGCUAAAAUUGUGAAGAACUUAGUACUGAGUGCUGAUGAUCCUGACAAAGUAACGCAUCUCAUUGCAGCAAGGACAGGCACAGAAAAGGUACGGCAAGCUCAGGACUGCAAGGACCUCCAUGUUGUAAACCCCGAUUGGCUGUGGAGCUGCCUGGAGCGCUGGGACAAGGUUGAGGAACAGCUCUUUCCCUUGAAGGAUGACUAUAUCAAAACACACAGAGAGAACAGCCCUGCCACAUUUCCUGAUACACACAGCACAUUUCAGACAGCUCUGUUUCACCCAACACCCAUCCAUCCAAAGUCUCAACCUGGUCCUGAAGUUCGACUUUAUGAUCCUAACACUGGAAAACUAAUCAGGAAGGGCGCUCAGACCUCUGGCCAGUCGAUGUACAUCCAGUCUCCAGCUCCUCCUAUCACCUUACCAGUCCACGGUGAACACUCGUCCUUCAGGAAAAACUUGGAAUCAUCAGAACACAGCAUGGAUCCAGAAGGCAGCUGAAACGCUUCUGGUUUUGUCAGUUAUUGUGGACAAGAAUUUGUCUAGAAAUAGAGCUGGGAAUGUUGUACGUGCAUAGAAUUGUCAUGACACUUCUAAGAUGCCUCAAUAUGAUGGUUUAUGUUGAUAUUAAUGCAUCAUUCAAUGCUUUAAAAAGAAUAGGUUUUGAUGUUUGUUCUACCUUUGACAACAACUUAAUGAAGAGUUAUGUCCACACGUAAGCCUAUUUUUGUUUAAUGCAGAGGUGCUUCUUCACUUGAACAUCUUACGGGAAAGGGGAGAAAUAUACUUCAGCUCUCCUCUUAGUUGUUUCUCAGAGGCCCAGACAGGUUUUGGGGGUGGAGUGAGACUGUAUCUCCUUUCUGCUCCCUUAUUUUAUUUCGCUUAGGCAUUUUUUGACUGUCAGUGCUCAGGGUUGAGAUACUUUAAUCUAAGAAAGUUAAUACAGUCACAAAGUGCUGCAAGUUCACCCAAUAACUAAGCAGCUGUAAGAAAAGAGAUUAGCAUAAGAUAUAUGCUGGGAAAUAGUAUUUUCACCAUCACUUCCUGUUGAUUUGUUCCUAGUGGUAAAACUACUGACCUGUAAACACUGAUCUCUUAAUUGGGGCAUGUCUGUAUUCCUCAGAGCAGUUCCGCUAUCUUCAGUUAAGAUGGUGAGGAGUGUCUUGAUAAAGUCUAGGAGGAAAGCAGUGCAGUGAUCAAAUACUGCUUUAAGUGGUUUUAAUGGAUAGGAAGUACAGUGCAGACAGAGCAUGAAGGCUGUAAAGAAGUAACAAAAAGCCAAAUAGCAACAGCUUUGAGUGUUGACUGAGCAAGAGCUGAGGCAGAAGUACUGUAUCAUCGCUUUGCUUUGUCUUAAUGCAUUCAUCAAUGAUAGCUUUUAAAAAAAGCUUCACAUCUAAUUUAAAAAUUGAUGUGUUACUUGACCUUAGAAAAAAUUACCUUAGUGCAGCAAUUUCUUGGGAAAGAGCAAAGUGUUUUGCAUUCUGACAGACUUCGUGUGCUCAUAUGUUCACCUCCUAGAGAAAGAUGAGAGUAAUUGUAACUAAGUCAUUGAAUUUAAGCAGAGUUAGAUAAAGCUGCCAACACUCACAACUGUUCCUGUUGUGGGUGGACAUAGUCGAAGCCACCAAUAAUCUUCUUUGAUGGUUUCUGAAAACUUAAUCUGAUUCUGAAUUUCAGACAAUGGGCAACAAAAUUGCACUGCUGAGAAAGGAAAACCCUUGGAGAUGAUAGCUGCAUGUGACAUAACAAUGGUACUUGGUGUCUUACUAUAGGAAUAGACCUUAAAAGAUAUUAUCCUGAAAGGCUGGUUACUGAAAAGGGCUUCAAGUUAUCUGAGUACCAUUUCAUAUGAACUGUUUCAGUUCUCACUUUUUAUUUUAUUUUGGGUUCAACACUUUUAGUUUUUCUGGGAUUCAACUUGAAACAUAAUUUAAAAUAGAAUAUGAUUAGUUUAAACAUUUACAUGCAAUUUGCAGUGAAACUGUUACCAGUGAAUUACAGAUGGUUCAAUUAAUUUGGUCAGUGUUUCGUGCGACAGGCAUUGAUCUUGCCAUUGUGUUUGGCUCUGUGAGGCUUAAACACCUGCUUUUUGUCGUGGCUGUCACAGCCGGAGUGGAAGGGUGGUAAAGAGUUUACAGCUGUAUUGGAAGGGAAGGAAUGCAGUACUGCUCGGUGGCGGCUGGCAGCAGCUCUUUUCAGAGAACAGAAAGGAUUCCUCUUUAAAAAUAACCUGCCUGUCAUAGCUGUACCUCAACAACUUGCAUUCUCAUGUAGAAUUUGCAUUCUACAAACAUUACAGUAAACAGUAAAGUUGUAACAGGUCAUGAGAAGUGUAAUGUAGUUUUGUCCCCAAAAAUGCUAAUGGCAUAUUGGACUAGAAUAAAGACAAAAUAUUACAGGCUAAAUUCUAGUGAAUGCUAGUAAUACACUAAGCAGUGAAGCAAGGUUUAAAAUAUGGGUAUAAUUUACAUAUGAGAAGUGAAAAGUGGUACUCUGGUUUUAAAUAAUGCUAAGAUGAACCAAAUAUUUGGGUUGGAAAGGCAUGUCAAACAGGUGGUGGCUAAAGCAAUUCUUUAAGAUUCAUAUAAAUUCAUUUAACUUAUAAAUUUUGUCUUAAUUUACAUGCUCAUUGUUAAAUUUUCUCCUAUCUAAUGUCUUGUUAUGACAGCAAAAAUGUGAAUUACCAAAUUAAAAUCAUCAAUGGAACUUAAAUAUUUUUAACAUUUUUCAUUAUGAUAAUGCUAUUUUAGCUUUUGCCCUAGUGCCGUAUCAAUGAAAGUGUUAAGAUGCUUGUUACUUCCACAGAUGUUGAACCCACCCUGCAUGUGGUGAGUUCUAGUGCACGUGCACGUCCUUGUGCAUGUAAGAUUGGGAAAUGUCAACCAACCUGUGCAUGGUUGAAUAUGGUGUUAUUUUUGAAAAAGUACUCAUGAAUCUCAUCUGAUUAGAAAUAAAUGUAAAUUCCUGCAUUUGUAUGUCCUUAAAUUUUAAUUGACGUAAUGAGCAGCGGAAAAAUGUAAAGCCUGAAAAAUGUCUUUGAUAAAAUAAAAACAUUUCUUACAAACCUUGAA